GGUAUUAAAUUUGUCAUCUCUCGCCAUCCGUAUUUCUCCGACGACAUAUUGUUUGUGAGGAGCAAAUUCUAAAAAGCAAACUGGGAAAGAGGAUUACAAUUUAUUUCUCUCUAAACACAAGAAGUAUCUGUCAUUUAAGAUAAAAAAAAAUGGAGCCGUCAGCCAGUCCAGCGAAGGAUAACCACAGGAUGAACAGCUACAAGAACAAAGCCCUGAAUGUGGAGGAGAUGAGACGCAGGAGAGAGGAGGAGGGUGUCCAGCUGAGGAAGCAGAAACGAGAACAACAGCUGUUCAAGAGGAGAAACGUUGACAUGUUGAACGAGGAAGGAGUCAUGUUUGAGAGUCCACUGGUCGACUCGUAUGUCACCUCCACAGCCACAGAGGAAGGAGUCCUAACUAAAGACCUGGUAGAGAUGCUCUUCUCAGAGGACCCAGAGCUCCAACUCGCGACAACACAGUCAUUCAGGAAACUACUGUCCAAAGAACCCAAUCCACCUAUUGACGAGGUCAUCAACACCCCAGGCAUUGUAGAGAGGUUUGUAGAGUUCCUGAAGAGGAGCGUCAACUGCACAUUACAGUUUGAGGCAGCCUGGGCCCUGACCAACAUAGCAUCGGGUACAUCCAUGCAGACUAACAUAGUAAUCGAGGCAGGAGCAGUACCCAUCUUUAUAGAACUACUCAACUCGGACUUUGAAGAUGUUCAGGAACAGGCGGUGUGGGCGUUGGGUAACAUAGCAGGGGACAGUCCAGUGUGCAGAGACUAUGUACUCAACUGUAAUAUCCUGCCACCACUGUUAAUGCUUCUGACUAAAUCCACCAGACUGACAAUGACCAGGAAUGCAGUGUGGGCUCUGUCUAACCUGUGCAGGGGGAAGAGCCCCCCACCUGUAUUUGAGAAGGUGUCCCCUUGUCUGCAGGUCCUGUCUAGACUGUUGUUCAGCAGCGAUUCAGAUCUGUUAGCAGAUGCCUGCUGGGCUCUGUCUUACCUCUCUGACGGACCCAACGAGAAGAUCCAGGCUGUCAUCGACUCCGGCGUCUGCAGGCGCCUCGUAGAGCUGCUCAUGCACACGGACUACAAGGUGGCGUCUCCUGCUCUGAGAGCAGUGGGGAACAUCGUCACGGGAGACGACAUCCAGACCCAGGUGGUGUUGAACUGUUCAGCCCUGCCCUGUCUGCUCCACCUGCUGAGUAGUCCUAAAGAAUCCAUCCGGAAAGAAGCCUGUUGGACCGUCUCCAACAUCACCGCUGGCAACAGGGCUCAGAUACAGACGGUGAUUGAUGCCAAUAUCUUCCCUGUGCUGAUCGACAUCCUGCAGAAGGCAGAGUUCAGAACCAGGAAGGAAGCAGCCUGGGCCAUCACUAACGCCACCUCUGGAGGAAUGCCUGAACAGAUCAGGUACCUGGUGAACCUGGGCUGUAUCAAGCCUCUGUGUGACCUGUUGACCGUGAUGGACAGUAAGAUAGUCCAGGUGUCUCUGAACGGUCUGGAGAACAUUCUGAGACUGGGAGACCAAGAGGCCAAGCAGGAUGCAGGACCCAGUGGUACCGGCAUCAACCCCUACUGCUCUCUCAUAGAGGAGGCCUAUGGUCUGGAUAAGAUCGAGUUCCUUCAGAGCCAUGAGAACCAAGAGAUCUACCAGAAGGCCUUUGAUCUGAUAGAGCACUACUUUGGAGUGGAGGAGGAGGACCAGAACCUGGCUCCUCCGGUGGACCAGGCCAAUCAGCAGUUCCUCUUCCCCCAGCAGGAGGCACCCAUGGAGGGCUUUCAGCUAUAACGCCCUCCCUGUCCUCUGGUUCUCAUCUGGUUCACCAACCAUCACUCAUACCCAUGGAGGAGUUUCAGAUGAAACAUCCACCCCCUUAUCCUCAUACCCAUGGAGGAGUUUCAGAUGAAACAUCCACCCCCUUAUCCUCGCCCCAUGGAGGAAUUUGGCAUAUAAUCAGUCCCCUCCAUGUCCCCUCCACCCUCCAUGUCCAACCAUUGCCCCAUCCUCUAUACCCAGCCUGAGCCCAAGGGGCUAGUUUUAGCCCCAACAGAUGAAGGGUGGAGGUGACACAUCCCCCACCUGUGAAGCAAUGACCUUAUCCACCUUAUAUCCUCCACCCCCAUGGAAGGUAGAGCGUUGUCCUCUCCCUCCUUUCCCAUGGAAGGCUUUACAGAUUUAACUAUCCAACCUAUAUUUACAGUCUUUGAGCUGGCUUUACCUACCCUAACAGAUCAGACGCUUCUAACGGAAUGCCACGUCUCGGCGGUAGAGCCAAUAGGAGACCUGAACUCAACCCGCUUGACCUGACGAUAAAACAAAGCUCUUCCUGAUCAGUGAUCACACAACCAGGGCCGAGGUUUGGUCCAGUCCAGGUUUCGGCAAUGCACAGAUACAAUAAUAGAUACACCGCCAGUGCUGUUGAUACCCUGAUUCUUCUGACCGUAACGGCGUUUUGAUUUGGUUUGGUUAUUAGUGCUUCCUGUCUGCCCAUAGGGGAUGUCCUCCUUCGGGAUGUAGGGAUUUGAUAGGUCAAACCUGACCAGUGGGAGAGAUGUGUUUUUUUUAUUUAAUUUUUACCCAGCUCCUUUACGACAAUUAUCUUCCUAGUCCUUGUCUGUUUCCCCUCGUUUUAGCUUUUAUCAACCCUGUGUUUCUCUCUGUGACUUGUUCUAAAACGUACUGCAUCUACAUGCACCACCUGAAGACUGAAGUGUCCCAGGACAGAAGAAUGGCCUCUCUCUCUACUGUUAACAAUAAAACAAUCCGGAUGUAUUCUCAACUCAGAGGCCAAACUCUCAUUCGUAUUGGUUUCUGUCUAUAUCGGACAUACAGGGUUCCACUAAGCAAUUCUGGGGAUUCUUAGGAAUUCUAGAACUAUGGUUUGAAGUGUAGAGCCAAGGUUCUCCCCUUCUCGAACUAACUGUCCUUUCUCUACAAUGUUUUUUUUUUUUUUGAACUUUUAGUUUUGUGCUUGUGGAGGAGGAGCAUGUUGGGAUCUGAAUCGUAAAAUCAGGAAACCGUCUGAGGCUAAGGGAGGAUGUUGAUUGGGGAAGGGAAGGGGGGGGGGGGGGGGGGGGGGGGCUGUGAGGGGGAAGGGAGUAUAGGUGUGUGGGGAUAUUGAAAGAUAUAUAAAGUGACCUAGGUUACUAGCUUGAUCCGAGCUUGAUUAUAACUAGCAAUAUAAUGUUUGUUGUGUUGCCGUGUUCUUAGGUUUGAAUUAUGAAGUGAUUGUAAAUGUUUAAACAGCACACCGCUAAGGGAGGGGGGGGCGCUAGCCAUAGCUCGAGAAUAUGUGAUUGUCCAAACCAAACGUAUUUUUACAUAUAAAUACAGACACUGUCAGAUCUCCAUUUGGCUUUCGAGGGAUCGUUGCUCUUUUAUAUAGGGAUUAGGGAUGAUUCCUUACUGGGAAAAACACGUGUGCCUCAGUCAAACCUUAGUCAGAUGGUAACAUCAGAUUUAUGUAAAAAAAA